GAGCAUCCAACUAUCAAUCGCUUGACGUCGGAAGAUAUGGCUGAUAUGAGCGGGGAUUGUAAAGAGUACCAUGAGAUCGUUAUCAAGACGUUUGUUAGCGAGGAAGACGGAUUCAAUUUCUACAACAGUUAUGCUCUUGAGAAAGGAUUUAGCGUGCGGAGAAGGUACGUUGAGUGGGAUGAAGCCAACAAGGAGAUAAUUUUGAGAAAAUUUAUGUGUAGUCGCGAAGGUUGUCGUGAAGAGAAGCACAUGAAGAGGAAGAGAGCAGAUAUGAAGAGGAGGCCACGGAAUAUCACUCGUGUUGGGUGUAAACCUAAACUGGUCAUUGCAAGAGCCGAGGAAACAGGGCAGUGGUUUGUGAAGGAUUUUAUCGAUGUACACACCCAUAAACCGGCCCCAGGGGAUAUUGCUUGCCUGCUACGUUCACACAGAAGAAUCAGCGCCGAGCAGAAAGCGGACAUUAUAGAGAUGGAAACUGCUGGGAUCCACAAACACAAAAUCAUGGAUGUAUUGCGCAUGCAAUGCGGUGGUUUCGAUAAGGUUGGAUGCACAACAAGGGACAUUUAUAAUUUCUGCCAUCAGUACAAGCAGAAAACAGUUGUUGACGGUGAUGCUCAAACUGUGAUCCGUCACAUGAUGGCGCGGGAAGAGAGAGAUCCAGGUUUUUUCUUCAGAUACCUGGUUGAUAAAGAUGAUCAUCUGAAGGGACUGUUCUGGUGUGAUAGUCAAUCCCGGCUUGACUACAAGGCUUUCGGCGAUGUUGUUGUUUUCGAUAGCACCUACAGGACCAAUAAGUACAAUCUGCCAUUUGUGCCGUUUGUUGGGUUGAAUCACCACCGCAGCACUGUUAUUUUUGGAUGUGGUAUUAUUUCCCAUGAGACGACGGAGGCGUACGAGUGGAUGCUGGAGGUCUUCAGUGAAGCCAUGUCCCAGAAGCACCCAAUAUCUGUGAUCACCGACGGGGACCUUGCAAUGCAGAGAGCAAUCAGGGUGAUCUGGCCUGACUUGAACCAUAAGCUGUGUGUAUGGCACAUUCAGCAGAACAUUGUACGUCAUCUUAGUGAUGACAAGGUUAAGGAGGAAUUCAGAUCUUUCAUAUAUGAUCCCUCUUCCAUUGCCGAGCAUGAGAGCAAAUGGCUAGAUUUCUUGGAAAGGAAUAAAGUAACAAGUGAGGAGUCGUGGCUGCAUCAGAUGUAUCAGAUGAGGAAGCUGUGGUGUGCCCCAUAUCUGGCGGGCCGUUGUUUCUUAGGAUUGAGCAGUAAUCAGCGGAACGAGAGCUUAAACUCUGUCCUUCAUACGCAUCUUAGUUCGCAGAUGACAUUAUUUAAAAUGCUAGAGCAUUAUGAGCGUUGUCUUUCGACACGACGCUUGAAUGAGACGGUCCUAAACAUCGUGCCCUUGCUUAUAAACUUAUAACCUUCA